AUGGCGGCGCCCAGGCGGCUCCUGCUGGCGCUGGUGAGUGGCGUUUCCGGGCCGCGGCGCUGCAGCCGCUACCGCCGGGCGGGGCGGGUGGAAGCGGGCGGCGCCACGCGGAGCCUGUGCGCGGGCGGCCCCCUGAGCGAGCCCGAGCCCGGAGCGGAAGAGGAGCCCGGAGCGGGAGAAGCCGGCGCCAUGGUGAAGGAUUCCAGAGACUUGUUGAAAGAAUUUCCACAGCCGAAAAACUUGCUCAACAGUGUGAUUGGAAGAGCCCUGGGGAUCUCUCAUGCAAGAGACAAACUGGUGUAUAUCCACACUAACGGGCCAAGAAAAAAGAAAGUCACUCUGCACAUAAAAUGGCCUAAGAAUGUGGAAGUGGAAGGCUAUGGGACCAAAAAGAUUGAUGCUGAGAGGCAGGCUGCAGCUGCUGCAUGCCAGCUCUUCAAGGGCUGGGGGUUGUUAGGGCCAAGGAAUGAGCUGUUUGAUGCUGCAAAGUACCGAAUCCUGGCUGACCAGCUUGGCUGCCCAGAGGACAGGUGGUGCCCCGAAAGCAGAUGGCGUUCCAAGUCUGGACCAUCUCUAGCUGACUUGUCGACUUGUUGGAGACGGGUGGAACCAGAUGACUCCAUCCAGUCCAUGGAGCAAGGCAGGAUGCCUAAAGCAAUAAGAAGAGAGGAGCUGGAGGAAGGGGAGCUAGAGGAAGGAGAAUUGGAGGAAGGGGAGCUGGAAGAAGACACAAUUGAUGUUACUGAUUACCUAUCUAUGGCACAGAACGAAGCUCGGACCCCAGCUAGAGACAUGAGGGGAGGAGCCUGUGUUGAAAUGACAGAUGACAACAAUGCCAUCAGGGCUCUGACCCAGUUCCCUCUACCCAAAAACCUUCUGGCCCAGGUGAUUCAGAUUGCAACCUCUUCCUCCACAGUCAAGGAAUUCAUGCAGUUCCGUACUGUGGGCACCAAGACUAAGAUCUGCAAGCUCACUCUGCGCUGGCCCUGCCCGAUGACCUUCGCCGCCAAGGGCCGCCGCAAGGUUGAGGCCGAGAACAAAGCAGCAGCACUGGCUUGCCAGAAGUUGAAGAGCCUUGGCUUAGUGGAUAAGAACAAUAAUCCACUGAGCCAUGCCAUGUACAACAUGACGUCCCUCAGGGAGCUGGGCGAGAAUCAGAGGAGACCCUGCCACAUCAAAGUCCCUGAGGCCACCCUGCGUAAGAUCGAGAACUACCUGAACCACUUCCCGGUGGACUCGAGGGAAUCCAGGCCUCGGAUUGCUGACGACAUGAUGAACCUGAGUAAGGAGUCUGGUGCUAUCAGUGAUGCCAUCACAGGGAAGACGUACACGCCCAUGUCGGAGGGGGAGGAGGUGUGCCUUAGCCAGAACCUCCUGGCCCUUUGGAAGAGGAGGGGUUCAUCGUGGCUGGAGAGCCACCAGCUGCCUGUGGAUCCUCACAAGGACACCAUCUUGUCGGCCAUUGAGCAGAAUCCUGUGGUGGUAAUAGCAGGAGACACUGGCUGUGGGAAAACCACCCGUAUCCCUCAGCUGCUGCUGGAGCGUUACAUCCUGGAGGGGCGCGGUGCCCGCUGCAAUGUGGUGAUCACCCAGCCGAGGAGGAUCAGCGCCAUCUCGGUCGCCCAGCGGGUUGCGCAGGAGCUGGGUCCCAACAUGAGGAAGAACGUGGGUUACCAGGUGCGGCUGGAGAGCAAACCACCUGCCAGGGGAGGAGCCCUGCUCUUCUGCACGGUGGGCAUCCUCCUGCGAAAGCUGCAGGGGAACCCCAGCCUGGAGGGGGUCAGCCACGUGAUUGUGGACGAGGUCCACGAGCGGGACGUCAACACCGACUUCCUGCUUAUCCUGCUGAAGGGCAUCCAGAAGCUCAACCCCGACCUGCGCCUGGUCCUGAUGAGUGCCACAGGGGACAACCAGCGCUUCUCGCAGUACUUUGGGGACUGCCCCGUGGUCAAGGUGCCAGGGUUCAUGUACCCCGUGAAGGAAUAUUACCUGGAAGAGAUCCUGGCCAAGCUGGGCCGGCACAGACACCGGCACUACGAGGUGAAGCAAUCAGAUGAUGAAUGUGUCCUCGACCUUGAGCUGAUCACUGACCUUGUGCUCCAGAUCGAUGCCCAUGGAGACCCAGGCGGGAUCCUCUGUUUCCUUCCUGGCUGGCAGGAGAUCAAAGGAGUGCAGCAGCGCCUGCUGGAAACACUCGGCUCUCAGAACAGCCGGUACCUUGUCUUACCAGUGCACUCCAACAUCCCCAUGAUGGACCAGCAGAACAUCUUCCAGCGGCCCCCGCCUGGAGUGAGAAAGAUCGUCCUGGCUACCAACAUUGCUGAGACCUCCAUCACCAUCAAUGACAUCGUGCACGUGGUGGACAGCGGCACUCACAAGGAGGAGCGCUAUGACCUCAAAACUAAGGUCUCCUGCCUGGAAACGGUGUGGGUGUCAAAGUCUAACGUCGUGCAGAGGCGAGGGCGUGCUGGCCGCUGCCAGUCGGGCUUUGCCUAUCACCUCUUCCCUCACAGCCGCCUGGACAAAAUGCCCACUUUCCAGGUCCCUGAAAUCCUGCGCACUCCCCUGGAGAACCUGGUGGUGCAGGCCAAGAUCCACAUGCCAGAGAAGACGGCAGUUGAAUUCCUCUCCAAGGCUCUGGAUAGCCCUGACAUCAAAGCUGUGGAUGAAGCAGUGAUCCUCCUGCAGGAAAUUGGAGUGUUGGAUCAGCGGGAAGCCCUCACCACGCUGGGCAAACGCCUGGCCCAAAUCUCCACAGACCCUCGGCUGGCCAAAGCCAUUGUCUUGGCAUCCAUCUAUCGCUGCCUUCAUCCGCUGCUCAUCAUCGUCUCCUGCCUCACUCGGGACCCCUUCAGCAGCAGCCUUCAGAACCGAGCAGAGGUGGAUAAGGCGAAGGCCAUUCUGAGCAGAGAGAGCGGGAGCGAUCACCUGGCCUUUGUCAGGGCUGUGGCGGGCUGGGAGGAGGUGCUGAGGCGCAGAGACAGCCGGGCCAGAGAUAACUACCUGCAGGACUACUUCCUCUACGCCCCCAGCCUGCGCUUCAUCAACGGCCUUGUCAAGCAGUUCUCCGAGAACAUCUACGAAACCUUCCUGGUGUCAGCGCCCUCAGACUGCACCAUGCCCUCUGCGGCCUGCAACCAAUACAGCGAGGAGGAGGAGCUGGUGAAAGGCGUCCUCAUGGCCGGCCUUUACCCCAACCUCAUCCAGGUGAGACAAGGCAAAGUGACCCGGCAGGGAAAGUUCAAGCCCAACAGUUACUCCUAUCGGACAAAGGCUGGCACCGUCCUGCUUCACAAGUCGACCAUCAACAGGCAAGCCUCUAAGCUGUACAGCCGCUGGCUGACUUACUUCAUGGCGGUGAAGUCCAACGGCGGGGUGUUUGUGCGGGACUCCUCCCAGGUCCAUCCGCUGGCUGUGCUGCUAAUGACUGACACUGAUAUCCAUGUCCGAGACGAUGGCUGGCGGGCGACAGUCUCUCUGACUGACAGUGACCUUCUGGUACUGGAAGGAGACUCGUACACGAUCCGCCUCUUGCGUGAUUUCCGUGUGUCGCUCUCCAAGAUGGUGGAGACCUGCCUGUGUUACGAAAUGUCUGCCAUCCCGGGGGACCUGCACCAUCAACACAGCCAGCUGCUCGACAUUCUGGUGGAUCUGCUCAAGGGACCUCCUGGCAGCUUUGGCGCCUAGACAGAGGUGGAGGAUUGAGCAUGGGGACUUGUAAUUUGUAUAAAGGUGUUCACAAAUGUUUAUUUAAAUAAAGUUCUAUUUAUCCCUUGUGAA